AUGCUGGUGACCUAUUUGGAAGCCAGCCGGGACCUUUGCGAGACGGAUUCAAUUCUUUUUGGCGCCGCACUGGCAGUAUGCCGUAUUAUUGGCGCCAAACUUCCCGUGGCUGGACGUGCUACUCAAAAAAGUAGCGCCAUCCCAGCCUGGAGAAAAAGAAUUGAGGACCGUAUCGCAAAGGCAAGGGCCCUUAUCGGCAGACUGACAAGCUUCAGGUCGGGUAAUAAUAGACCGAGGAUUAUGCGCACCUUUAGGAUGGCAUUUGCUGGGACAAAUAUCAGUUUGUUCCAGCCGGAUAUCACGCAAAAACUAACGGAGCGCAUAGAUGACCUGAAGCAAAAAAUCGCUGCUUGGGGGAAGCGGAUUCGACGAUUUAGCGAGAGGUCAAGGCGGUUCAACCAGAAUCGUCUCUUCCAGAGUGAUCAGAAGAGGCUCUAUAAAUCAUUGGAGCGACCAGAGGUAUGUGGAGCGGGCCCAGGACCGGAUCAGGCUGACACCGUCGCAUUUUGGCGUGGCCUGUGGUCAGAGCCCGUAAACCACAGCGAGGGCCCUUGGAUGGAAGUUGUGGCGAGCCAGAGUGCAAGUGUUACGCCUAUGGACCCCGUCACCAUAACGCCUGAAGACGUGGCUGAGGCGAUACGUAGGGCCCCGAACUGGAAAAGUCCGGGGCUCGACGGGCUGCAUCAUUACUGGCUGAAGGGGUUCGUAGUGUGUCACGCUGUGCUCGCCCGACAGUUUCAAGAGGCUCUCGACCAGAAGUCGCUCCCAAGCCUCUUCACUACUGGGAUCACUCAUUUGGUUCCUAAAGAUCAGGAUACCACAGACCCGAGCAAAUACCGCCCCAUCACGUCUUUACUGUGCUUCCAAAGCGCUAACACCAUUCUAGCUCGUGCUGAAGAAGAUGAGCUUGAUGAUGUGGUAGAUAUUGAAGGUGAAGACAGCCAGGUUGUUGGUGAUGAUGCGCUUGGAGAUGAUGAUGACUCUGUAGUGAAAUCCUCACAAGAUGUAGAUACAACCAUAUUAUUCACUAAACCUAUAACUAAUUAUGGAGAUAAUGCAUUUGAUCUGCAAGCUGGCUACCCAGUUGAAUUCCUCGUUGGAUUCAGCAACAAAGGGAACGAGGACUAUGUUGUUGAAACAAUGGAGGCAUCCUUCAGAUACCCCAUGGAUUAUACAUAUUAUAUUCAGAACUUUACGAGAUUGCCAUACAACCGAGAGGUAAAACCUAAACAAGAGGCUACUUUUGCAUACAUUUUCACACCUAAUGAAGCUUUUGCUGGACGGCCUUUCGGAUUGAACAUUCAACUUAACUACAGAGACGCUAGUGGCAAUUAUUAUCAGGAGGCUGUGUAUAAUCAGACCAUCAAUGUUGUUGAGGUAUCAGAAGGUUUGGAUGGAGAGACAUUCUUCUUGUAUGUGUUCCUUGGUGCUGCCUGCGUUUUGAUCUUGGUGCUGGGUCAGCAAGCACUCUCAUCGCUUGCUCGUCGGCGAUCCCCCCGUGCCGCACCGAAGCCACUUGAAACUGGCACUGCUAAUGAUGUGGACUAUGAUUGGCUGCCUAAAGAAGUUGUUAAUCAGCUAAAAAAAUCGCCGAAAACGCCGAAACAAUCACCUCGCAUGAGGAAAGCAAAGAGAUCAGCUGGGGAUGAUUAA